UUCUUAGGACAAGACAGGGUGGUUGCUUGUCUGUCUCUGUGUUUGCUGUGUACUGCAAUUUCAUUAAUGGUUCUUGGUACUCUGUAUUUUUAUGUGUAUUCUGUCUGUGUAGUGUAGCGCAGGCAGAGAGGAGAGAAUUGGCAAAUUGGAUGCAGCUGAAAGUGACUUUGCCAAUUUCUCUCCUUGGAGAAUGAGACGAUCAAGGAAGGAGAAGAGAAGAGAAGAGAAAGAGAUAUCUCCAUCGUCUGGUCUCCAUCCUCUGUUAUCAUCAUCGUCUAUAUAGAGCAGAACCCCCCAUCCUCUGUAAAAAGUUAUCAAUGUAUAUUUUACCCUCCCUCCCUGUGUUACAAUGCUCCCACGGUUAAAAAAAGGGUUUUGGGGUUUUACUGUUUAGUAUCCUUGGGUUUCAAAUUGUGAUAUUUUUGUUUUCAGUUUCAGAAAAAAAGUUUGCCAGAGACUAGAAACUGAAUUCGUGUUUGGUGCUUUCCCAUUUGAGGUUUUGAUAGCUGGUGUGAUUGUUGUACAUGGUUAUUCAUGUGGGUUCUUGAUUGAAUGGGUUGCUUGCUGCUUUCGGCUAAAGCUCAACAGAGAUGGCGAAUGUGCCAAUCCAAACGUGAAUGAAUCGUGAUGAUACAAAAAUUGCAUGAUCCAUUGUGACUUUGUAGCCUCAAUGACUUGACUGGCAACGAACCAUUACCUAAAAUAGUACGAGUUUUCUUGAUGAUCACUUUGACUAGAUAUAAAAUAACAUGACUUGGUGAUCUUUUUUAUGACCAACUACCUUAUUUCGAAUAGGAUCGAACUUCUACAACAAAGCCCUAAUACAUUAAAAAGGGCGUAUUGACAUUCUCAAAUUAUCAUAUACAUUAUUCACUAUGUGGAAGGCACGUCAAGGCUACCAAUCAUAUGAAACCCUAAAAUAAUGGUCUUGUUGAUUAGGGUUGCCAAUCAUACCAUGCAAGUGAAACGUUCCUAAUUGACUCUCCACGCCAUUAUAAUCAUCAUCCAACCUGUAUCGAAAUAUUCGACAUCUUUAAUAUAAAAAAAUUCACUACUAAUACUAUAUUUCCAUGAAAUAAAUAAAGGAAAAUUGUGUGCACUAUAUAUAGUCCAACUCAUUAUAACAUAUAGAUAAAGAAAUAACAUAAUCUACAAAUAAUUAGACAAAAUCAGAAUCUGACGAGAGUAAAGCCUAAAUAAACAAACCACAGAAGCAAGCAAUGAUGGCAUUAUGAUUUUGUGAACCUUUGUCUUGCAUGCAUGAAUUAAUGACCACAGUAGCCACAGUACGAGGGAAGUGGUUUUUGUUUUGUUUUCUGUCUUGAGCUUUGUUUUCCAGUGAAUUCCAAUUUGUAGUUUUCAGAGAGGGAAAUAAAAUAUGGCCAUCAUUACCUAAUCAGGAUUCAGGUGACCAAAAUUGUUUCACCUUUCAGUUUUCCCAUUGAAUUCUGAACUGCAAUUAAUUCUAACCAGUAACCAUGCAAAUGGCUAAAAACAAAACAAAAUAGUCAGCUAGCUGAAAACAAUUUACAAAUAACAAAUUAGGUUUGCAGGUGGAGUUAAAAUCAAAGCAUAUACCAUCUUAUAAAAAAAAAAUUCACAACUUCAAACAUCUCCUCCUAAAACUCUUUACUCGUUUCUUCUUCUUCUCUUUCUAUCACUAUAGCCUCCCUCGUCGUCGUUCCUGUGCCACAAAGGAAAUGUUGACACCUUCUUCCUUAGCUUUCUUAAGAUGCUCCACUCUUCGAAGCAAACUUAUAUAUUGUUAGCAGUUUAUCGAGGUAAUAUUGCAGCAUAAUCUUCAAGAAAAUGAAAGAUAAUGUAAUGAAAUUACGUUUCAACUUACGAACUCUUCACUUUUCUGAGUCUUAUUCAUUGUUCCUUAUUCUUGUUCCCUCCAUAUGCUUAGAGACAAACCAAACCUUUAGUGUGCACUAUGCUCAAAAUUUAAAUACAAUUCUUAUCAAUCUUACCUUAAAUGUGAUUAUAAUAUGGAUUAUCUAUUCAAAGCCCAAACAUUAACACACAUGUGAACCAAAGCCCCACUUAUUAUAUUAUACUAUUCAUGGGGGGAGGUAAGUUAAGUUAGUAACCUUGACUCUGUUUUUUUUAACUCUUUUUGCUUUUGCUGACUCUGCUUUCUUCAUGAACAGUACCAACCAUAAGAACAGGCUUUAUAUGAAUAAACAAAAGUUCAUGCUGCUGCUACGAUGAAGCCAAACCACAAGUGGUGGGAAGAAGAAGAAGAAGAAGGCGUAGGAUUCUAGAAAGCAGAAUGAUCAAAGAUCUGGAGACAAGGGCCUAGAAAAGGCGAUAACUAAACUAAAUCAGAACAGAGCACGCCUUCACUUUCUCCCAUAAACACACUUUCAUUUCCUUCUCCUCUCUUUCUCAUUCGGCUCCCACCUUUAUACUCCAGUACCUCCUCCUCCUAUCUUUCCUGUGGAUUAAUAAGUGGAUUGGUAAGAUAAAAGUAGACAUUGUACUUCUAAAGUUGCUACCAUUUGGUUUGAACUUUGAACUUUCUUGACCUGUUAAUGAUCAGUGAACUUGUUAGGUCCUAGCCGGUUCUCGAGCUAGAAUUUCGUCAAAUUCUAAGUGAGAGUAUCAUAAAUUUGUUCAACCGAAAUGAGACUACUUGAUCACUCAUACAAAGUAAAUGAUGAAUGAGAUAAUGAUACAUUUAGAUGAAGGACUUUUUACCAAAAAUAUAUAGAAGAAAGUUAGUUGGCUUAUAGUAGUGGAUACAAAAUUGCAUCUUGGUUCAUGGAAAGAAUUGUAUUUUUUAAUAAAGUACAUCGAGAUCAAAUCUAGAAGAUUAAUGAAUUAUAAUUUGAUGGCAAAAUCGUAAGUGAAUCGCCAUGGACUCGUAUGGAUUUUAUUAUAGAUUUUCAAAGGUGAUUGGUCCAACUUUAUAGCUUACUAAUUAAUUGACAUAUUUGUACAAAUUAACCUCUGGUAAAGAUCCAUUACAUUCCAAAAUCCAAACCCACAAACAAGCUGCAGGUAGAUAGAAUUUUGAACAAAAUGGGCACGUAACCAUUUCCCCAAAAGCUUAGAAAGGAAAAAGGGAAAAAAGAUGUGCAAGGAAAGGAAAGAAAACCGGCAGACACAAAGCAGUGCACCGAUGAGUCACAAAACCUAACAACAGAGAGAGAGAGAAAGCAGGGGAGAAGAAGGCAGAAGGCCACUCAACUCAGUCACUCGAACCUUCACCCAACUCAACGCAACUCAACCAGCAUUUUCCUUCCCACCCCCCUUCCCCCAUUUCCCUUUCUCUCAAGCAAAGUGAAAUUUUUCCUCCCGGAGAGAAAAAAGAAUCAUACGAUAAAGCAGGAGGAGGAGGAGAAUCACAAUCUAAUCUACAGAUAUUAGAUCCGCAUCAGUAGCCUACCUAGCUAGUUUAGCUCUGCAGUUAGUUGUGCUUUAUUUCCCCCGUUCUUCUCAAGCUACUAUUUUUCUUCUCCCCAUUUCUCAAUCGAUAACCAUCAUCAGAAUCCACAUUUUGUCUCUCCCACUCUCUUCAGCACCUAGAGGGAGUUAGGAAAUUAGGCUCUGUUUCCGCUGGGGGAUUAAAAUAGCUCACAAGGUAAAGCUCAGCCCGGAAAGGGGGUUUGUAAAUUUGCUAUUUUAUUUGUGGUUUUUGUUGAUGAGAGCGAGAUUGGUGAUGGGUAAGAAGGGAACUGUUUGUUUGUCUUGUGGUGUCAUUGAUGGCGGAUUUGGGAUCUGUACAGGGGCAGGGGUCUGAGGCUAAGGCUAGUGUCGGUCGGCAGGCAUUGCCCAUUUUCUUUCUUCCCCUGUUUUUAUGCACUGUAUAUUUAAUCCUUUUGGUAACGGUUUUCCAGUGAAUUCUCAUUUAUGAUUCUUAGAGACCUCAUUUAUGGCUUUAAUAAGUGGCUCUCUCAUCAGUGUCAUGGAUUCCUUGUUGAGCUGUCCACUCUUCCCCUUUUAAAUCCUUUCUCUAAAACUAUGACUUGGGUUCUUUUAAUAUAUAUCUCCUGUUCUGGAAUUUUGCUGGUUUAGAUCUCUCGGCUUUUCCACCAAAAAAAGAACUCUGUUUACAGUCUGUUGAAAUUUCCUGAAGAGGGGCGAGCCGGUUGAACAUGGGUUCAUACUUUAUAGCUGUAAUGUAAUGAUUUGUUUGCAUUUAGAGUAAAAAAAUUGGACAAAGGUGCCAUCUUUCUUAGUUGAAAUUUGAUCUUCUUCUUGCUUCACAGUUCUUCUGGAGUUGCUGUGUGAGUUUGCGAUGGAGAUGAAGUAAAUGUCUCACUAUUGCAUGUCGUCAAAGAUGUCAGAGGAGUUCCUUGUUGAUGGUGAUGAGUUUAGAGAGAGAAGAUCCGAUUUUGAUAACUCUGAGGAUGAGAGGAGGCGAUCCAAGAUUGGGAAUCUCAGGAAAAAAGCCAUCAAUGCUUCUAACAAGUUCACUCAUUCAUUGAAGAAGAGAGGGAAGAGGAAGAUUGACUACAGGGUUUGUUCAGUCCCCAUUGAAGAUGUGAGGGAUGAAGAGGAAGAGAGAGUUGUGGACGAAUUCAGGCGAAAGCUGCUGGAGAGAGAGCUGUUGCCUCCAAAGCAUGAUGACUAUCAUACUAUGUUAAGAUUCUUGAAAGCUAGAGACUUCAACAUUGAAAGGACGAUCCAGAUGUGGGAAGAAAUGCUUCACUGGAGAAGAGAGUAUGGAACUGAUUCCAUAUUGGAGGAUUUUGAGUUUGAAGAGUUGGAAGAAGUGGUUCAGUAUUACCCUCAGGGGUACCACGGAGUGGAUAAGGAAGGUCGUCCUGUUUACAUAGAGAUGCUUGGGAAAGCUCAUCCGAGUAAACUGAUGCGUAUCACCACGAUAGAUCGUUAUUUGAAGUACCAUGUCCAGGAGUUCGAGAGGGCUUUGUGUGAGAAGUUCCCUGCUUGUUCGAUUGCUGCAAAGAGAAAGAUAUGGUCAAGUACCACAAUAUUGGAUGUCCAAGGAUUGGGCAUGAAGAAUUUCUCUAGGACUGCUGCAAGUCUUUUGGCAGCUAUGGCAAGGAUAGAUAAUAGUUACUAUCCAGAGACCCUGCACCGGAUGUACAUAGUUAAUGCUGGUCCGGGGUUUAAGAAGAUGCUUUGGCCUGCUGCACAAAAGUUUCUAGAUGCAAAGACUAUUGCGAAGAUACAGGUUCUGGACCCCAGAUCUUUGCACAAGCUAUUAGAAGUCAUUGAUUCCAGUCAAUUGCCAGACUUCUUGGGUGGCUCUUGUACUUGCCCAGAAGGAGGUUGCCUCAGAUCCAACAAAGGCCCAUGGAAUGAUCCUGAAGUGAUGAAGCAUGUAAAUAAUGAAGCAGCAACAUAUUUGAGGCAACUGACCCGAGUCUCGACCGAUCGGAAGAACCCAUACAUGACUCACCCUGAGAAGGUUGACCCAGGGUUGGAUUAUAUUGAUCUUUCCCCUACUGAAAUCAACACAUGGACGACGAUUCCAAGUUUGGCCUCAGUUCGUGGUGAAGUAAGAGUAUCUGAUGCAAAUGGAUACUACAGCUGUGAUGACAAUCCCGUUCUGGAUGAAGAGGGACUAUGCAAAGAACGUCUACUUAAGGUCCGCAACAUGAAGAUCCUUUCUUCUGAGGCAACACACUGUUUUCAAGGGGCAGUUUGUUGGCUCAACAUUGCAGGAGAGAAGCUUGGGAAAGGGAAACUCAUGCAUGCAACAAGAGCAUUAGCAUUCUUGCUAUCCAAGAUAAUUGCAAUUUUCCGCCGCCUACCAUUCGAGUAUUGGAGAAAGCACAACAACAUUCACCCAUCAACUCCUGUGGAAAUAGGAUGUACUAGUAGUACCCCUAAUGAUGGUGAUCUAAAGGUUGUUGAACCUGAGCUGCCAAAGAAAGAGGACUAUGUUAGCCCGUGUAUGGAGCGCCUGCAGAGACUAGAGAAGCUAGUUGUGGAACUGAGCAACAAGCCACCUCAGAUUCCAAAAGAAAAAGAACAAGUCCUGGUUCAAUCUCUGGACAGAAUCAAAUCCGUGGAGCUUGACCUCCACAAAACAAAGAAGGUUCUGCAUUCUGCAGUGGUGAGGCAGGUGGAGAUUGCACGGUUGGUCGACAGUUUGAGGGAGUCUAAAUACCGUAGAAGAAGCUUCUUCUGUUAGAGUCAACAGAAAUCAAUUAUUACAGGAGGCGCCAUGGGCUGGCAGCAGCAGCAGCUGGCAAGAUGAAUGGAGAGAGAUUGGUUGUUACUGAUACAAAAAGGAUCUAUGGGGACGAGGCAAGAAACAAAACUUAAAGUAACAGUAGUUUUGUGAGAAGCAUUGCACAGGGAAGGAAACAGAUCUGCCACAUCUAUUUCCGAGAGAACUUUUAGGCACACACUGGUUUACUGCUUUUCCUUCUGUUUCUCCUCCCCCUUUUUUGACUAACCAGGGGAGGUAGAAUUUAGAAGUUUAGGCAGGCGGGUUCCAUAUUAGCAAAUAAUAUGUAAAGAAGAACUGGUGGGGGAGAGGGGUGAGAAGAGAAAGAACACAUGGUGAAAUGGUGAUAUAAGAACAAAAGGAAUGAAGAAAGUAGUUGAGAUACCAUGAGAUGCUUCUUUCCAUAGCUAGAGACUCUACCGAGUUAACCAAAAUCAUUGAUGUAUAAUUCGAUGUGAUUUCAUUGCUAAAUUUAAAGACUUCACUCAAUUGGUUCUCUUAAGCACAACAAAAGACAGUCAGAAUCACAAUAGAUCAAACUGUAUCCAAUGCAUGCAAGUCUAACCUUUCUCUUCUAAUGUGUUAAAUGUGCUGUUAUCCAAUUCUGGACUCGUCCAACUAUGCAUGAGCAUGUCACAAGUUGGAUGAAUUGAACCGAUUUCAGAUCUAAAGUUAGGGGAAGGCAAUGAUGGAAACACAACACAAAUCAGAUUAGACCAAAUCGAGUUGAAUGCGCUAUUUGUCCAAUCCUGCUCUCCAUCUUCCCCUACUUAUGUGCAUCUUAUAAAUCAUGCUCAUUUUA